UUUCCCUGGCUCUGCCAGACUCCCUAUCUCCCUGGGCGCCAGCCUCCCAGCCGCCCCUGGAGGCGGGGCUUGGCUGUACCCGCGCGCGGUGGAGUUAAAUGCUCCGGCCCCCACCAGCCGCUCGGGCAGAGAAGCAGCACCAUGGCUGGCAAGAAAGUCUGCAUUGUAGGCUCUGGCAACUGGGGCUCAGCCAUUGCCAAGAUCGUGGGUGGCAAUGCAGCCCAGCUGGCACAUUUUGACCCACGGGUGACCAUGUGGGUGUUUGAGGAAGAUGUUGGGGGCAGAAAGCUGACAGAGAUCAUCAACACGCAGCAUGAGAAUGUCAAAUACCUGCCAGGGCACAAGCUGCCCCCAAAUGUGGUGGCUGUCCCAGAUGUGGUCCAGGCCGCCUCGGAGGCUGACAUCCUGAUCUUCGUGGUGCCCCAUCAGUUCAUUGGCAAGAUUUGUGACCAGCUGAAGGGCCACCUGAAGGCCAACGCCAUUGGCAUAUCUCUUAUUAAGGGGGUAGACGAGGGCCCCAAUGGGCUGAAGCUCAUCUCUGAAGUGAUUGGGGAGCGCCUUGGUAUCCCCAUGAGUGUGCUGAUGGGGGCCAACAUUGCCAGUGAGGUGGCUGAUGAGAAGUUCUGUGAGACCACUAUUGGCUGCAAGGACCCUGGCCAGGGACAGCUUCUGAAAGAUCUGAUGCAGACCCCCAAUUUCCGGAUCACAGUGGUGCAAGAGGUGGACACAGUGGAGAUCUGUGGGGCCUUAAAGAACAUAGUGGCUGUGGGAGCUGGCUUCUGUGAUGGGCUGGGCUUUGGUGACAAUACCAAGGCGGCAGUGAUACGGCUGGGGCUCAUGGAGAUGAUCGCCUUUGCCAAGCUCUUCUGCCGUGGCUCUGUGUCCUCUGCCACCUUCUUGGAGAGCUGCGGUGUCGCUGACCUUAUCACUACCUGCUACGGAGGAAGGAACCGCAAGGUGGCUGAGGCCUUCGCCCGCACUGGAAAGUCUAUUGAGCAGCUGGAGAAAGAGAUGCUGAAUGGGCAGAAGCUGCAGGGGCCCCAGACAGCCCGGGAGCUACACAGUAUCCUCCAGCACAAAGGCCUGGUAGACAAGUUCCCACUGUUCAUGGCUGUGUACAAGGUGUGCUAUGAGGGCCAGCCAGUGGGUGAAUUCAUCCGAUGUCUGCAGAAUCAUCCAGAACACAUGGAACGCCAUGCCGUCUGGCAAGCAGCUAGCUGACAUUGGCUACAAGGCCUUCUCGGCUUCCAUGAUGCUUCUCACUGUGUACGGGGGCUACCUCUGCAGCGUUCGGGCCUACCAUUACUUGCAGCUGCGUAGCGCCCGGCGCCAGGCCGCCCAAGAAGAGAAGAGCUCGGGAGUGCUGUAGGGCUGGGAGUAUUUCCUCCUGGGCAGGCUGCAGAAAGACUUGACCUGCUGAUUUCCACAUCAAGAGGACUAUGAGCUUGAUGGUUUCCAAACCCUGCUGGAAGAAAGUGCCCGGGGUUCUGCCAGUUCACCAGUAUGACGGUUUAUGGGGGCUAUUGAAGUAUCAUGGUAAUGUAAGGGUGAAUUACACCUAUAGACAUUAUAUACUUUGCCAUGUCUAUGUCUUGGUGCCUUUGUUUUCCCAAAUAAUACAUUAAACCUGAAAGUGGAGAAA